UUAUAACAAAAAAAAAAAAUUAAGGACGGCUUCAAAAACUCCUCUCUCUCUCUCUCUUCCUCUUUCUCUCUCUCCCAAAUAUAUAAAUACACACUCACACAUAAAGCUUGUUCACUCACACACACUCAUAUUUUUUGUUGUGUCUAUUUCUCUCUCACAUUAUAACAGUUUUCAUUUAGUGACUAAUUAAUAAUAGUGGUUGUUAUUUUUCUUUGUUGAGAUGGAAGAGUUUAGCAAUGAAGAAAAGUUUGUGGAUGCAACCUCCAUAGCCAAAGGAAAACGCACCAAAAGGUUGAGAUUUUUGUCAUCUUGUGGUGUUGCUUCUACUUUAAUGACAUCAAGCUGCUCAAGUGAUGAUGAAAAUGAGUAUUUUGAUGAUCUUGAAGAAGAAGAUGAUGAAGAUAUGGCUAAUUGUUUGAUUCUUCUUGCUCAAGGAGGAAGUUACCAAAAGCAACAUAGUGGUGGUGGUGAUGAUGGUAAUGACAAUAACAUAGCUGAAAAGGGUAGUAAUGGAAAGAAAAAAAUUGCUUUGGGUGGUCAUAGAGCAAGUCAUAAAAAGCUUAAAAUUAUGGCUGAGGAAAAAAGAGCGUCUCUCCAGUUGCCAGAGCCAAGAUCUUAUUUAUCACACGAUUCGCAACCAAUUAAAUUGGUUGCGAAGAGUGAUGAAUUUGAGGAAGGCAAGGAACCUCGUGGUGGACCCACAAUUUCUUCUCUUCAAAUGGGGAAUCAUGGUUUGAAAGCUUUUUAUGGGAACAAGCACAAGAUCCAUGAGUGUUCCAUUUGUGGAUCAGAAUUCACAUCAGGACAAGCAUUGGGUGGACACAUGAGGAGGCAUAGGACAUCCUCGGCGAACGCCUCUAUCAUCGUAGACAACGAUGGAGGCGUUCGGCCGAGGAAUAUUUUACAAUUGGAUCUUAAUCUUCCAGCUCCAGAAGACGAUCUCCGAGAGACAAAGUUUCAAUUUCAGACAAAGAACACAUCAAUGGUGAUGUCUGCUUCUCCGACUUUGGUGGGUUGUCAUUAUUAGACAUUUGUGGAGUUAAUGGAAAGAAGAGUUGUUUUUUGUUUUUUAUUUAUUUAUUUUGAUUAAUGAUCAUCAAUGUGAAUUAUUCAUUAAAUUAAUAUUUAAA